AUGGAAAUAAGCCUGGUGCUGAUCGUUGUUGUGUUGUGCUCCACUGCUGCUACCCUAGUUACUUGUAGUAGCGCGGGGUUCCACAUGGAGCUCACCCAUGUUGAUGGCAAGGGGAGCUACACCACGGCGGAGCGCGUGCAGCGCGCCAUGGCCAGCAGCUGGCAGCGGCUGGUGUCCUUUGCUGACGUGACACUAGUAGAAAAGAGGGCUUUUGUCCCGGUUGCCCUGUUUUGUACUAGUGUGAGCGUGCCGGUCCACUGGAACACCAGCCAGUACAUCGCUGAGUACCUGAUCGGCAACCCACCGCAGCGCGCGGAGGCCAUCGUCGACACAGGCAGUGACCUCAUCUGGACGCAGUGCUCCACCUGCAGCCUCAAAGGAUCUUGCGUCAAGCAGGGCCUGCCCUACUAUACCGCGUCCAACUCGGACAGCUUCCAUCCCGUGGCAUGCAACGACAGCUUGUGCUUGGCCAACCUGGAGCACUCCUGCGCCAGGGGCGGCAGCUGUGCUUUCGGGGCCUUCUAUGGUGCUGGCAUCGCCAGAGGGUCCAUUGGCUCUGAGGUCUUCGCCUUCCAAAACGGCACGGCGCGGCUCACGUUCGGCUGCGUCGACUCGCUGAUGAUCACUCCGGGGUCCCUCCACGGCGGGGCGUCCGGUCUCAUCUCUCAGGUGGGCGCCAAAAAGUUCUCAUACUGUCACACCCCCUAUCUGCGCCGCAACGCCACCGCCGGUGCCAGCAGCCAUCUUUUCGUCGGCGCCUCAGCGAGCCUUAGCGGCGGCAGCCCUGUGAUGUCCAUGUCUUUCGUGCAAGUCCCAAAAAAGUACCCAUUCUAUUAUGUCCCACUCGUCGGGAUAAGCGUGGGACACACAAGACUGCCCAUCCCACCGAUGGUGUUUGCUCUGAAACAAAACGGCAGCGGCGGGGUCACUGUGAUCACACGGUCCGUUCUCCGGGAACUCACGGCUCGCGUGGCUAACAGGGAUGGACAAAUUUCUUAUGACCGCUUGUUUCAAGCUAUUACCCUGUCGUUAAUAAAAGAGUCAAUUACACAGGCGGUAUCAGAACUUGGCGCAAACGUUCAUUUUGAUGCUAAAACUUAUAGCAUACAUUGA